UUUUCACUUUUCACUAUCUCGUAGUACGUUAUAUGAAGUGUAAAUUCAAUAGCACAUCAAUAGAUAAAUACGUAUUUACUCGAGGUAUUUGCAAAAUAGGAACAUCGGGGUUUACGUGUUAGCCCUACAAUGCGAGAAAAAAUGCCGCCAUUAGCCUCAUACUGUUGACAAUUAUUUUGUUCUGUUACAGAAACAGGCAAUGAUGUUACCUUGGACGAUAUAUCUUCUGACAAGUCUUCUCGUCCCGCCAUGUUUGCCAACUCCACAUCGAGGACGUCAUCAUCCCUCGGAACCACAUGCCGAAGCCUAUCACAUAUCACGUGACCCCUUCGAUCCUCACAGGGACUCGGAGGAGUUUAGAAGAGAUGCCACUGACGAUAAGCGGGAGUUCACAAGAAGAGACUCUACCGAGGAAGAUCCUCUAAUUGUUAUAACUAAAAAGGGCAAAGUAAGGGGUAUGACAGUAACGGCUGCAACCGGUAAAAAGGUGGAUGCAUGGUUAGGCAUUCCCUACGCCCAGAAGCCAAUUGGAAAUUUAAGAUUUCGUCACCCACGCCCAAUAGAGAAAUGGGAGGGUGUUCUAAAUACUACUGAACAACCCAACUCCUGUGUACAAAUCAUAGAUACCGUAUUUGGUAAUUUUGCGGGUGCCACUAUGUGGAAUCCAAAUACACCUUUAAAUGAGGACUGUCUGUAUAUAAAUGUAGUGGUGCCGAAACCGCGACCUACGAAUGCUGCUGUAAUGGUGUGGAUAUUUGGUGGGGGAUUUUACUCGGGUACAAAUACUUUAGAAGUCUACGACCAUAAUAUUAUAGUCUCAGAAGAAAAUAUUAUAUUAUGUUCUAUGCAAUACCGCGUCGCUUCCUUAGGGUUCCUAUACUUUGGUACUUCCGAUGUUCCAGGCAAUGCUGGUAUGUUUGACCAAAUGAUGGCACUACAAUGGAUCAAGGAUAAUAUUGCUGCCUUUGGUGGAAAUCCUAAUAAUAUAACUUUAUUUGGUGAAUCUGCGGGAGCUGUAUCAGUAUCCCUUCACCUUCUUUCGCCAUUAUCUAGAAAUUUAUUUUCGCAAGCUAUAAUGCAGAGCGGUAGUCCUACCGCUCCUUGGUCGAUAAUCUCAAGAGAAGAAAGUAUCCUUAGAGGUCUCAGAUUAGCAGAAGCUGUCAGUUGUCCUCACGAUAGAAAUGAUUUAAGCUCAGUUAUCGACUGCCUUAAGAAGAAAGACCCCGUUGAACUUGUCAACAACGAAUGGGGCACAUUAGGAAUAUGUGAGUUUCCCUUUGUGCCUGUAAUUGAUGGAGCGUUUUUAGAUGAGCAUCCAGUAAGAGCUCUAGCUAACAAGAAUUUCAAGAAAACUAAUAUAUUACUCGGUUCUAACACAGAAGAAGGAAACUAUUUUAUUAUAUACUACUUGACAGAAUUGUUUCGUAAUGAAGAAAAUGUUUACGUGAAUAGACAAGAAUUUUUGCGUGCUGUCACCGAACUUAACCCUUACGUUAAUGCAGUAGCAAGACAAGCCAUUAUUUUCGAGUACACUGAUUGGUUGAAUCCAGAAGACUCUGUAAGCAACCGAAAUGCACUAGACAAGAUGGUGGGAGAUUAUCAGUUUACUUGCAAUGUUAACGAGCUAGCUCAUCGAUACGCAGAAACUGGUAACAAUGUAUAUAUGUAUUAUUACAAGCACAGAAGUGUAGCCAAUCCUUGGCCUUCUUGGACAGGUGUGAUGCAUGCCGAUGAAAUAAAUUAUGUCUUUGGUGAGCCGUUGAACCCAACUAAAAGCUACACCGCUCAAGAAGUUGAUCUCAGUAAACGUAUUAUGCGAUAUUGGGCCAAUUUCGCUAAAACAGGUAACCCCAGUUUAAGUCCGAACGGCGUCUGGACACCGACUUUCUGGCCAUUGCACACAACGUAUGGAAGAGAGUAUCUUACUUUAGACGUCAAUUCAACUGCGACCGGUAGGGGGCCCAGACUCAAGCAGUGUGCCUUUUGGAAAAAGUACCUACCUCAGCUGCAGCAAAUGACGGGUGAGUUAAUAGAAAAAGCAGAGAGGUUUUCAGUGCAGAAUGAAUAUUAUAUGGAGUUGUAUAAAUCGAAAGGACGGACACACAAUACCACUAACAGUACCACGAAUAACACACCUGCGAGCUGUACAACUGAAAAUGUAUCGGAAAAUACAACUCCAACUAGUACUAUUGAGCCUUACGCAGAAAUUAUUGAAAAUACAAUUGAAAUAGAAAAUGAAAAUGAGCUCAGCAAAUCUGGAAAUAAUGUUUCAACCGGUGUAGCGAAUGUUUCAUCAGAUUCAUUAUAUCUCACUACAGAAAAUAGUAGCGAAAGUACAACUGAAACAAAAAAUAAGUUCAGCAAAUCUGAAAAUGUUACAGCUGGUAUAACAAUUAUUACAACAGAUAACUCAAUAUAUGUCUCUACAGAAAAACACUUAGAAGAUAGUAGCGAAAAAGAAAUUUUAAGCAAUAUUAUUCCCAAAAGUACAAAUAGAACAAAACUCAAAAAACCUAAUUUAGAUCUUACUAAUGUAGGUUUAAAUUUUAAUAAAGACCGCAUAAAAAAUAAGACUGAUACUGGCAGCCAGUUGACGUUGUGAAUCGAUACUGGCAGCCCGAAUUUUCAUUUCUUCAAAGAUAAUCAUAUAUGCGCUCUCUGAUGAUAACCUAAUAAGGUUUGAAACCGGUUAGGCUGCUUGUGAUGCUCUCUGAACGACCUGAAAUAUAAGACGGCUCUUGUUUAUUUUUACAAUGAAAUGAUGAUUUCAUUUAUUAUUUUAUUACGAAAUAAAUUUUACCGCGCUGGACAGGCUAGAAAUGAGAUGCAACUUUUAGAUCUCCCUCAACCUUCUUUGCUCCAGCAAUUCGUUGGUUUGCAAAUUUUAGCAACCACUAAGGUGUUGCCAGAAAAUUGGUCCCAAUAAAGUUUUAUUUUUGAUAUUAUUUUAAUUUUAUUAAAAAGAAAACUUUCGUUUAAUUUUUAUUAUGUUUUAUUUUUUAUUUAUACUAAAGCUAACUACUUUUUUCUAUAUCACCCUGUAUUUUCAAUAAAGAACUGUCUAGUAUUAAUAGGCAAAAAACCGUUAUAAAAAUUAGACAACAAUUCUCUCUUCGGUAUUGUAGUCCAAGUGAUGAAGCUUACAAUAGAACAAAACCUCGCAAUUUUUACAGAAUGCAUCGAUUUGCUUGAAAAUUUGAGAAUAAGUAGUGGAUAGUCCAAGUAUCAAAAUCUAUAUGAUGUCGAAAGGCGCUUUUACUAUGGGGGUGGUUGCCACCCCAUCUCGGGGGUGGAAAUUUUUUAUUAUAUUUAGACCGCAAAAGUUGAUAAAAACAUUUAUUCUAAGCAAAAAACGUUUUAUACAUUUUUUUGAUAAAAUCAAUACUUUUCCAUUUAUUUGCUAUCGAACGAAAGUGUUAGUUUUAUAUCGAAAAAAUAAAUGUUUUUAUUUAAUCAGUUUUCUGCUAAUGACUCAAAAAGUUUUCGUUUUAUCAAAAUAACUUUGCUUAACAAAAAUGUACCUUUUGAAAAAAUAAACAAAUCUGUUUUUUUUAGUUUUUUUUAAACCAAUAGUAAUCGAGCUAUACUUUUUUAUAUGUUAGCUCUUAAUGGGAAAUAAGUCACAAUUUUACCAAAAAAAUGAUUUUAUUAACGUUUCGAAGCCCAAAUCGGGUUUCGUUGUCAAAAUACAAAAUACUAUCUCAGUGGCGUAGCCUAGUGGGGGCGGCAGGGGCGGCCCGCCCCGGGCGGCACUUUUUAGGGGCGGCAAAAUUUAACAAUAAAUAAUAAAAAUAUUUUGUAAAUAUUUGAACCAUUUUAUAUUUUUAUCGCAACUGCAAAUUCGGACCGAUUGAAAGGAGCACGGAAUUUUUCAUUACUUAUUUUGUGACGAAUUCGGGAAAUUCCUUUUCUUUGAAUGAUAUUUAUUGCGACUGGCAACAACGUCUAUAUUGACUUGCGGGAAUUCCCCGUUUAUGAAUAACAAUCAGCACAACUUUUUUCGGCACUUUAGAACGUUGCUAUUCUUUUUUUUUUUUUUUUUUUUUUUUUUUUUUUCUCAUCGACACAUCGUUGGGAAGUUCUGAUAGCAGCUACAGGCAAAAGAAGGAUUCAAGACACGCGGUGGAGUGCAAGAGGCUAUGCCGUAAAUGUGACCUUGCAUCAUUACAAAGACAUUCUCGUCACUUUGGAAAAACUGACAGAGGAAGGUGAAAGCUUAAACACUAGAACAGAUGCAGGUGCUUUACUAGUUUCGAUGCAGUCAUUUUCCUUUCUUUGUUUUUUGGGCCUAUGGCAACCGGUGCUACAUGAAGUGAAUGAUGCACAAAAUUAUUUACAAACAAGGGGACUUGACAUAAGAUUUUGCGCUCAGAAAGUAAAUGCUUUGCAGAUGAUAUUGACAGAGAAAAGAGAGAAAUGGGCAAAAUGGCGCUGUAGGUUAUGCAAAAAAUAUGUGUGAAGAACUUGGAAUUUCCAUAAAACCUAGGAGGCGCAUAACAAGAAAGCAUAUUUUCGAUGACAGAAAAAUGAGUUGAGACGAAAGUUGUUUUCUUCGUUAGAUAGAGUUAUUGUAGCAAUUCGUGAGCAUUUUCAACAGCAACAACACUGAAUGUAAUCUAGACUACGCAUCUGACGAAAUUGACGAGCAGGGUUUCAACCUGGAAAAACUUCGACUGCGGACUUUCGUUGCUGCUACAGGCAACAAAAUUGAUUAAUACAUACUCACUUGAAUUAUUUAAAUUUAUUGUUAAAUCCAAGCUGGAAGAUACUCUGCCCAAUAUUUUAAUAAUGAUCCGAAUAUUUUUCAUAGUUGCUAUAAGCAAUGCCAGCUGUGAAAGGAGUUUUUCAAAACUGAAAAUCAUUUUUAUGAUCGACAAUGAGUACUCUAAGACUAACUAAUUUGGCUAUUUUGUUUAUUGAGCAAGAGGUGUGUGAUGCGAUAGACAUUGAUGGUGCAAUAAAAGACUUUGCUCUUAAAAAAAGUAGACGUCUAAAUUUUUAAUUGAAGACGGAAGUUUUGUUUUUAAUUCUAACAAAAAUACUCAUAUUACUUUUCAAUAAAAAUAAAAAUAUAACAUUAUAGUAUCGUUCUAGUUCUAAUUAAAAAUUGAUUUUAUUUAAUUUUGUCGACCGUCAAGGUGUACCCAAUCUUAAGUGAUAGGUAAUAAGUUAUAUCAAUAUAUAUAAUUGGUUAAAGUAAAAGCAUUUUUGUAUUAAUAAACGUGAUUGUAAAACUUAGAUAAACUUUUUUAUUUAAAAUCCGACCUAUACAGGGUGUCCCGAAUAGAUUGGUCAUAAAUUAUACCACACAUUCUGGGGUAAAAAAUAGUUUGAUUGAACCUAACUUACCUUAGUACAAAUGUGCUCAUAAAAAAAGUUACAGCUCUUUGAAGUUACAAAAUGAAAAUUGAUUUUUUUCAAUACAUCGAAAACUAUUAGAGCUUUUUUAUUGAAAAUGAACAUGUAUCAUUCGUAUGGCAGGUACAUCUUAAAACAAAAUUAUAGUGAAAUUUGUCCACCCCAUAAAAAUUUUAUGGGGGUUUUGGUAACUUUUAAAACUUUUUUGCCUCCUAGUAUUUUUUCAAUAAGCCAGUUUUUAUCGAGAUGCGGCUUCUUUUUUAAUAUAUUUACAUAAAAAUUUUAUGGGGGUUUUGUUUCUUUAAACCCCCCAAAUGUUUGUGUACGUUCCAAUUAAACUAUUAUUGUAGUAUCAUUAGUUAAACACGGUGUUUUUAAAACUUUUUGCCUCUUAGUCUUUUUUUGAUAAGUCACAUUUUAUUGAGAUGUGGCUUGUUUUUGAAAAUAUACCUAAAAGUGUAAAUUAUAAAUAAAUUUUCAGAUCAUUAACAGGUCUCUAUAAUCGUACUUAACCAUAUAUACAAAAAUAUGUGGUGGAUUCGAAAAAUAUUCAAAAUAUCUCGAUAAACACCGGCUUAUCGAAAAAGUAAUAAGGGGCAAAAAGUUUUAAAAACAGUUUGUUGAACUAAUGGUGCCACAAUAAUAAUUUAAUUGCAACGGGCACAAAAGUUUGGGGCGGUUUAAGGGAACAAAACCCCCAUACAAUUUUUAUCGGGUGCACAAAUUUGGCUUUAAUAUUUUUUAAGAUGUUGCUGCCAUAAGAAUGCCACAUGUCUAUUUUCAAUAAAAAAUCUCUAAGAGUUUUCGAUAUAUGAAAAAAAGUCGAUUUUCAUUUUGUAAUUUCAAAGGGCUGUAACUUUUUUUGUGUACACUAUUGUAUCUAGGUAAGUGAGGUUCAAUCAACUUAUUUUUGACCCCAGAAUCUGUGGUAUAAUUUAUGACCAAUCUUUUCGGGACACCCUGUAUAAUGCAAAAUAAUGAUGACUGUUCUUGACGAAAAAUUCUCUAUAAUUAAUGUAUGUAAUGUUAUACAAUAAAUUAAAAUACCUAAAUAAGAGGGCGGCAAAAUUGUCUUUCGCCCCGGGCGGCCGACACUCACGCUACGCCACUGUACUAUCUACUAAAAUAAACAAAAACGUUGUUGCUAAGUAAAAAAAUUCUUCUAAUAACUUAUUUAAUCUGACUCAUUUAUAUUGGCAAUUCAGACGUAUAUUAUACAUUUUAAAGUAGAAGACUUUAAAAUGAUCUCGCCAAUAUUUAUGAGUUGGGUUUCUGGGACGACUUUACUUAAAGAUAGUUCAUUAGAUUACAUGAAAUCAAUCCCAACUCAAGAAUACCCAUCACAAAAAAAUCAUAGCAUGUGAUCUGUCUUUAAAAAGACAACCAAAUGCAACGAUGACAGUAAAAUUCUCGCGGUAGAGAUUCCAUAGUAAAUCAUUCCAUAAAAAUGCCACAAUAAAAUAGCUUCAGAAGAACAUGUUCUCUUCUUCGUCAAAAAUGCUAAAUAUUGUAGAUUCAAAGUCAAACGACGAGAAAACUAUGCAUUUUUCGAGGGUAACUCGUUGAAACUAAUUUAAAGUAUUUAAAAAUAUCUAUCUCUAAAAAUAAAAAAAAGUCUCUAGCUCAAAAAUUAAGUAACUUAUCAUAAAAAGAAUGUCAGUCCCUAUUUUUUUUCAGCAAAAAAUUUAUCGGAAACAACCCCUUAUCACCAGCCCAAUUAACAUUAGUCAUUGACCCUAUUUGGCCUUCUUUAUUUAUGUAUUAUUAAUAGGUUCUAGACUAAAAGUUUGACCGGCUUAAAAUUAUUAGUUUUUAAUAAAAUGGAGUUCAAAGCGAAUAUGUAAUUAAUUUUUGUAAUUUGGUAAAAAAUUCCCUUUUCUUCGGAAUAGAAAGAUUAGCAUCAGAGAUACGAAAAAAUGUUGAAAUAUGAAAUUGUAGUUAAUUUAAUUCCCAAGAACAUGGUAUGCAGAAAUUUUUCCUACGGCAAAAAUUAAGUGAGCUAUUGACAAUUAAAACUUGUAAUAACAUGCAAAAACCACCUUUACCAACUCUUUCAAAGUCACCUCUUUUUAAGACUGAGGAUUUUAAAAAGAAUUAAUAUUAAUAGCCUUAUAAAUCUCAUAAAAGCCUAUAAAACUCUUUAUCACCAAACUUUCUAAGAUAAAAAAAUAAAAAGUUGCGGUUAAAAAAUCAAUAUAUUUUUUUGAAAAAAAAAAGAAAUCCAAUUGGAAGCAUAAUAAUGUAAGUUAGCGGUGUUUUAGUCAUUGGCCGUAUUCAUUCUUCUUUAUUUAUGUAUUAUUAAUAGAUUCUAGACGUUUUACUGGCUUAUAAUGAUUAGUUUUAAAAAAACUGGAGUUAAAACGAAUAACGAAUUUUUGUAGUUUGGUAAAAAAUGCCAUUUUCUUCAGAAUAGAAAGAUUAGCAUCAGAGAUACGAAAAAAUGAUUCAAUAUGAAAUUGAGAUUAUUUAAUAUUCAAGAACUUGGUCUGAAAUAUUUUUUCUGUUGCACAAAUUGAGUGAAUUGUACAUGAGUACCUAUACCAAAAAACAUUGAUUUCUUAGCUAUAAAACUAACACUUUCGAUAGCGAAUAAAUCGAAAUCUAUUAAUUUUAUCAAAAAACUGUAUAGAACAUUUUUUGCUUAGAAUGAAUGUUUUUAUCAACUUUUGCGGUCAAAAUAUAAUAAAAAAUUUCCAACCUCAAGAUGGGGUGGGAACCACCCCCAUAGUAAAAGCGCCUUCGGCAUCAUAUAGAUUUUGAUCCUUGGACUAUCCACUACUUAUUCUCAAAUUUUCAAGCAAAUCGAUCCAUUCUGUAAAAAUUGCGAGGAGAAAAGCUUGAGUUUCUCGACUAUUGAUUUUGCUGUUCACACAUAAAAUUCUACUGAGUUAAAAAAAAUUAUUUAUCAAUGGUUUUAAAUUUUUUCAACAGAAAAAUAAAUUUUUAUCGUUCAUAAACUUUGAGAAAGCGUUUGAUUGAAUAAGACCUGAUCUACUAUUAAAACAAUUGCAAGAAGUCGAUUUAGAUAGGAGAGCAGGUUCCACGUCCGCAGAAGUAGAAAUUAGGAAGAGAGUUAGACAGGGACGUGUUUUGUCACUCCUGCCAUAUAAUCUUUAUUCUGAGUUUCUAUUUAAGCAUACACUGGAAGAUUUAAAGAAUAUAUUCAAGGUGAAUGACGUAAAUAUCAACAGCAUCAGAUACGCAGAUGAUACGGUAUUAAUUGCGGAUUCCGACUUGGAUCUACAACGACCCAUCGACAGAACCAAUUUAAUCUGUGAGAAAUUUGAUAUUAAAAUAAACGUUAAGAAAACCAAAGUGAUAUCAAGCUGAAGAAAGUAGAAUGUAGCUCAACCUUGCAAACUAAACUGGCACAUUUUACAACAGGUCGAUAAAUUUAAGUACCUGGUGUGUUUGAUCGAAUGCAGCCUAAAUCUUGAUCUCGAAAUAAGAUCGAGAAUAGAAAGGCUAGAAAAUCCUUCAGAAAAAUCAAAAGACUGGUAUGUGAUUCUCAAAUAAAACUCGAAAUUAGACUACGUUUGUCGAAAUACUACGUCUGGUCGACUCUUCUCUGUGCAGUUGAUACAUGGACACGUAAAACAUCAACCGUAAAUAAAUUGGAGGCCUUUGAAACGUGGAUCGACCAGAAAAUACUCCAAAUUUCAUGUAUAUCGCAUACCUCAUAGGAAGAAGUAUAGAAUAGGUAGAGAACUUUUCAACACGAUGAAAGUUAGAAAAACAUCUUUCCUAGGCCACAUACUAAGGAAUAAUAAGUACCAACAUGCUCAACUUAUAGUGAAAGGAAAGAUCGAGGAAAGAGAACUAGGAAGAAAAAGCCUAAGAAACAGCCGACAAUGGACAGGGACAAAUUUUGAACAGCUAAUACGAACAACUGAAGACGGACAAAAGUUUUCAAUUGUAGUAGCUCAAACUAAAGCAGAGAUACGAUAGGUCUGGAUCCCGCGUAUGACAAAAAAGUUAAUUAAUAGCAAGCUGAAAAUUUGUUAAUAGCUUAAGGGUGUCUAGUCGGACAAACUUUGAUAUAUAGGAACAUUGGAACAGGGGAAGUUUUAAUUGUGGAACAGGUUAAAAAUUUGGAACAGUCAGACUACGAAAACGUCACAUGUAUUUUGUCCGACAGAACUUCCAAUUGAUUUGUUACCCUUUCAUUAAACUCUCAUGCAAAAAUCAGGCUGCUAUUUAUCACCAAAUGGGAAUUAUAAUGAGUGGAACACGUAGAAUAUGUUAAAUGACAGGUUAAAUGACAGGAAUUAUGACAGGUGAUAAAUAGCAGUCUGAUGUUACCUGUUAUGUUAAAAUGUUAAAACCAUUUUAAAUAGAAAAAAAGCAAUUACUUUAUAGCAGUUUGCUCAAAAAGGAAAAAAGUAGUUUGUGUCUGUACAUAUUUCUAUUUUAUUUCGAUUUUUUACAUCUCAUUUUUAUUUUGUAAACAGUAUUUCUGUUACUAUUAUGUUUAAAAACAAUAUUUUGUUUUGAUUGUAAACAUCAUCAUCACAUCACUUACUCUGAAUGCAUGUUUCAGCUUAUUGCACUUAUGAUUUGUAAAGAAUAAUAAAUUAUUUUAAAAAAUUAAA